AUGGCAGAGAAGCAGGAGGAGCCCAGCAAUGCCCAGAACGGGGAACCCGACAACGCCGAGGAGGGCGAGGGGAAGAAGAAGAAGAAGGUGAAGAGGGAGGACCUGCCACCCUUUGAGAUUGUGACAGGGGAACGCCUCCCAGCCAUCUUCUUCAAAUUCCAGUUCAGGAACGUGGAGUACAGCUCGGGCAGGAACAAAACCUUCCUGUGCUACGUGGUGGAGACGCAGGGCAAGGAGGCGGUGACGAGCCGGGGUUACCUGGAGGACGAGCACGCGGCCGCCCACGCGGAGAUGGCGUUUUUCAACACCAUCCUGCCCACCUGCCAGGCCGGUGCCCGCCACGAUGUCACCUGGUACGUGUCCUCCAGCCCCUGCGUCACCUGCGCCCAGAGGAUCUGCGAGGCCCUGCGCAAGAACAAGGGGCUGCGCCUCACCAUCAUGGUGGGCAGGCUCUUCAUGUGGGAGGAACCCGAGAUGCAGGCGGCCCUCAGGAGCAUGAAGGAGGCCGGCUGCAAGCUGAGGAUUAUGAAGCCUCAAGACUUUGAGUAUGUGUGGAAGAACUUUGUGGAGCAGGAGGAAGGGGAGGAGGCCAAGUCCUUCGUGCCCUGGGAGGAUAUUCAGGAGAAUUUCCUGUACUACGAGGAGAAGCUGGCUGAGAUCUUGCAUUGAGGCUCAGGAUCAGAAAGGAUCCAUGAAGAGAUGUGACAGACCUGGACACGUGGGACAGUCCUGCUUCCCCAGGCUUUGAUUCCAGCAGGAUGGAGAACCAACCUCUGGGAGACAAGGCCCUGUGGGACUCCAAACACACACACACACAACACAGACCUCUGGUGUUUGGAAUUUUUUGGGUGUUUUUUGUUCCUCCCCCUCCCUGCCCCAACCAAACCCAUGCUGUGGUGAAAGGGAUGGCAGUGAUCCACAGGCAGGCUGUGGGAUCACAUUCUGGGAAUAUUUCAUGGGAAGAGAUCUUAGAACAAAGCUGCUGGUUAGAUAAAUGCAUUAGAAAGGGGAAAAGAAAGGGAUUUAAGGUGAAAAAGAAGUUUUCUCCCUUUGUUGUCCUCAAUAGUCAGAGCUGUGAUUUAACUCAGGGCCAACAGCUCUCUUCCAAAUCAUGAUGGAGCCCAAAAACUCGAUAUCAAACAAUGAUGUUUGGGAUAUAAACCUGGGAAAAGCAAAGUGAAAUAAAAUGGGAAGCCACUGCAAAAACCAAAGCACUGUUUAUUCCUUCUUCUCUACUUGCAAGAAGUCCUAAAUUGAACCUGACAAGUCUGAGUUCAAGGACAUCCCAGGACAGC